CACACAUAAAUUGACGGCCAAUAUCAAUAUUGAAUAUUAAUAUAUACGUAUACGAGGAAAGAAUUAGGGUAGUUGGAUUAGCUAUAACGAAGCUAAUCGUGUGCUCAGAAAUUUUAGUUGCAUAUAAUUCUUAGCUUCAAGGAGGCCUAACACAUACAACACCACUGAACAACAGCUGCUUAUCUGUGUCUGAUUGACCAUCAAAUUGACCUCCAACAUCAAUGAAUUGAUUUUGUCAUUGGACUACAUUUGUAGUUGACAGUUGACACUGACGUUCCAAGUUUUGCGAACCCUUCAUACUUGAAGUUUUGCUGAUCAAUAAAUAAAUUCUUUGAAUGAUAUCGGCUAGAAAAUAUGGCUGUAUCUGGACAAAUUAUGUCUCUCCGAGACCGGCAAAUAGUUUCCGUUCUCCAAAUGCUAAAUCUGAACGAGACUCAAGCUAACAGCAGUAGCGGCGGCUCUGUUCCAAAGGAACCAAUCUGGAAAGUUUUGAUUUAUGAUCGAGUCGGAAUGGACAUCUUGACGCCGCUAUUCACGGUACAAGAGCUUCGUCAGAACGGAAUUACAUUGCAUAUACCGCUUCAUUCCCCGGAAAGAACAGUUUCAUCGUCGAGUAGCAUUCCGGAUGUCCCUGCAAUAUAUUUUGCUCUUCCAAACGAUGAAAAUGUUGACAGGAUAUGUCGUGAUGUACAGUCCAACCUUUAUGGAACUUUCUUCCUUAAUUUUAUUCGCCCAAUACCGCGCUCAAAAAUUGAAGAAGUUGCGAGUGCUGUUUUGAAUUCUGGUGACACGAAGUGUGUCAACAAAGUAUAUGAUCAAUAUGUAGAUUUUGUUUGUUUGGAGGAUGAAUUUUUUGUUUUAAACUCUGGAAAUAAGAGCAGCGAAGAAUUUUAUGCGUUAAAUAGACCAAGCAUAACGGAUAGUGAAAUGAACGCCAUGAUUAGUGGCGUUGUGGAUAGCCUGUUUUCAGUGCUUGUCACUUAUGGUCAAGUUCCCAUAAUCCGUACACCCAAAGGAAAUGCGGCCGAACAGAUUGGGGAGAAAUUAGAUAAAAAGAUUCGAGAUAAUUUACAGGAUCCACGAGCAUCCUUGUUUAAUCAGUCUGGUUCAAUGGUUAAUUCUGGAGAUUCUUUUGGGUCAAAUUAUUACGCCAAUUCUCGUCCGCUGCUAGUGAUUCUUGAUAGGAAUAUGGACUUGGCUACUCCUCUUGCUCAUCCAUGGACCUAUCAAUCGUUAACUCACGAUGUCUUGGAGAACACUCAAAAUCAAGUUAAAUUUGUUGAAGAACAAACUGGAAAGCCUCCUUCCCAGAAAACAUAUUCUGUAGACACUCGCCGUGAUCCAUUUUGGAGCACGCACAGGGGUUCACCAUUUCCUACAGUGGCUGAGGCCAUUCAAAAUGAGCUGGAAGAGUACCGCAAGUCCGAGGAUGACGUGAAGAAAUUAAAGCAGACAAUGGGGUUGGAAAAUCCAGAUUUGAUGGAGUUUGACGUUAGCGACAACACCACUAAAUUAACCAAUGCCAUAAAGGAUUUGCCGCAACUAUUAGAGAAAAAACGAGUUCUUGACGGUCACACUAGCAUUGCCACAGCAAUUUUAUCUCAAAUUAAAUCAAGAUCACUUGAUACAUAUUAUGAAAUGGAAUCAAAGCUUUUGACAAAAUCGGAGGCCGUGCAAAUUAACAACAUUCUAUUAACACCAAACAUGGGAACAUUUGAAGAUAAAAUGCGUCUCUAUUUGAUAUACUACCUCAUGAACAAUGGCAGUGUAUCUCAUAGUGAACUAGAACAAUUUCUUCAAAGUUUAUCUUCCGUAGCCAUGAGUGAACGAGAAGAAGCCUUGCUAGAUGCAGUUGAAUUCGUUAAAAAGUGGAUAUCAUACAGUAAAAUGGCAGCCAGUGUUGUCAAUCCAUCUUAUAAUUUGGGCCUCCAACGUGGUGGACAAUCAUCAUCAAUGUUAAAUAAACUCGUGAGUGGGUCUUCCUUCCUCAUGGAGGGCGUUAGAAAUUUAGUAUUUAAACGACAGAAUCUUCCUUUGACAAAAAUUACACUCGAUUUGAUGGAAGGGCGAGAGGUUGAAGACAAUUUUAGAUAUUUCGAUCCAAAACAGCUCAAACAAUCGUCGACAAAACCAACUCAGCCCCUCGCAUUUAAUGAAUGCAUUGUAUUUGUGGUUGGAGGAGGAAAUUAUAUUGAAUACCAGAAUAUGAUGGAUUGCUUUAGGAAAAAAGAUGUUGGAGGAGGUGGAGUUGGUGGGGGCAUCUCAAACAGUGGAAUGGGGGGACCAUCCGGUGGACCUACGAAAAGGAUCAUUUAUGGUGCAAGCUGUUUAUACAACGGAAGUGAAUUUUUGGAACAACUAGCCAGACUUGGCCGAGAGAUGAAAUGAUUAAAGCAUCACUUUCAUUUCUUACUACAAACGAGUACAUUAUUUAUUAUUAUAAUACUACCCGAAUGCAUGCAAUUAAAAAAGAACAUUCAUCCGCAUGAAUGUUUUUCAUCCAUCGACCUACAUUAUAUUUUUCGUAACAUUGUAUCACCUGAAAUAAACUAUCCAUAAACUAUCCAAC